ACUAUGUCCUAGUGCACCUCUAUAGUCUACACCUACACCCCACUCGAGAGUCGAGACCAAGACGGAGAACCUUAAACUGGCCUGGUUGGGUUUAACCAGUCAGUAAAUUACCGCGUCAACACUCAACUACCAACUACCUUCGUGCCGCGAAAACUGGGUUUUCUUUUUCAGCAGCUGGAUCUCUUUUGUUCGGAGACAAGCCGACGUCGUAGGAAUAUGAAAGGCACUAAGGUUGCAGUGGUGGGAAGUGGAAUUUCAGGAGCUGUGUGCGCAUCAAGUCUUGCCAGAAAUGGACUCUCUGUGACACUGUUCGAGUCUGCUAGAGGCCCAGGUGGCCGCAUGUCUCAAAGAAGAGAAAAUGUUGAAGACGGGAAGGAGCUAUUGUUUGACCAUGGUGCUCCGUUUUUCACUGCCAACAACACCGAGGUUCUGAGUCUUGUCCAUGAGUGGGAAUCGAAGGGUCUGGCAGCUAUCUGGAAAGAGAAAUUUGGUUCUUUUGAUCGCACGUCGAACAAAUUUGUUGACCUAGAACAGGAAGGAUUAAUAAGUAAGAGAUAUCUGGGUAUCCCAGGGAUGAAUUCCGUGUGCAGAGCAUUAUGCCGUGAGCCUGGUGUUGAAAGUAAGUUUGGGACAAGUGUUGGAAGAUUGGAGUGGCUAGAGGAUCAAAAUUUGUGGUCAUUGAUUGGUUUGGAUGGACAAAAUCUUGGUCAGUUUAAGGGAGUGGUUGCAACAGACAAAAACAUAGUUUCACCCAGGUUUACAAGUGUUACAGGAAAACCGCUACCUCUUGAUUUGAAAUUAUUUCCAGAGUUAGCAGUUAAGUUGAAUGACAUUCCUGUUCGUCCGUGCUUUGCUCUAAUGAUAGCCUUUGCAGAACCUCUGACAUCGAUACCCUUUAAAGGCUUCUCAAUAAAAAAUUCUGAAGUUUUAAGCUGGGCUCAUUGUGAUAGCAGCAAGCCUGGCCGUUCUACCUCUAGUGAGCGAUGGGUUCUGCAUUCUACAAUGGAGUAUGCUCAGAGAAUAAUUGCUCAAACUGGACUUCAGAAGCUUUCAGAUGCAACAUUGACCAAAGUGGCUGAAGAACUAUUCCAAGAAUUACAAAGCCUGGGACUUAAUAUUUCACAGCCCUUUUUCAAGAAAGCUCAUAGAUGGGGAAGUGCUUUUCCAGCUACAAGCAUAGCCAGAGAGGAGAAAUGUCUUUGGGAUGGGAACAAGAGGUUUGCCAUCUGCGGUGAUUUCUGUGUUAGUCCAGAUGUUGAAGGUGCUAUAGUUAGUGGCCUGGCCGCAGCUUCCAAACUUUCGGAGGUCUUCAGCUGCUUAUGAUACUCGGCGUUUAUGACUAACAAGUUCAACAAGUAAUUUGCUUUUGUUUCCUCUGGAUUUGGUAUUCAUUGCGGAAAUUUGUAACAUGAUCCGACUUUACCAGAAAAUAAUCUCAAUGUUGUAAGCAAAUUGCUAUCCGACUAGAUUCUAUGAAUUUGGUAUUCAAUAAAGUUGUGAACUAUAAAAGAACAGAAUGUUAAUUCUCAAA